AUGGGACAUUGGUCAGACACGUUUUAUGGUCACAGUAACUUUCCUUUGUUAACAUACACAGUGUCCAACACUGAAAACCAAGAUCACGGUAUAGAAGAUACGGUACCAUAUCAUUCAAAUAUUGUUGUUAUCAAUUGUUUAAACUUUGAAGAAUUUGAGGAUUCUUUAAGAAAGACAGCUGAAAGUCCCUAUUGGCAUCCUUUAGGCAAUGUUAUUCUUCAGUUUAGAACAAUCCAAAACGAUAUAACUGUAGCAAAAAUAUUCUUUGCUUUGUGGUAUUUCAAAUGUCCAAAUGCUGCAAUAAUACAAUACGACGAUGAUAAUGAAGUAUUAUAUUUGUCAAGUUUCGAGCCUUAUUUGUAUGAAAACUACACUCUUCCAUUGGUAUUUGGAUGCAGGACAACAAGAAAAAUCGGCAUACCAAUUGAUGGAUUUCAAAAUGGUUUAACGUGUGAAGAAGGAUGUUAUAAUGUAUCUUCUCAAUCUACAUUUCGAGCUAAUAAUCUGGGCACUUGCAUCGGAUUUCAUAGUCAAUCUAUACCUUAUAGUGAAUUAAAAAUUGUAAAAACUCCUGAUUUGUUUAAGCCUAAAGGCAAGGAUCUUCACGGUUUUCCUUUACGGGCAUUUACAACAGAAAUUAAACCAUUUCUUACAAUCGAAGAGGAAGCGAAUAAUACAUACACCAUUGGAGCAAGGGAUGGCGAAUUAUGGAAAGCUAUGGCAAAAUACAUGAAUUUCACCAUUGAUCUUUCUCCGAGUGUUGGCGUCAUGAAACUACCAUUCAAUUUCGAAUUGAAUAUUCAACACAUUUUUUCAUUCGGGCAUAGGAAAGCGGAUCUUUUCCUUAUACCGAUAUAUCAAAUGGAUUUAAUUAUUGUAGAAUUGGAUCAAACAUUUAUCAUUGCUGAUAGUGGAGUUUGUUUAGCAGCCCCAAGAGCAGAAUUUGAAACCAUUUUAUUUGAUUUCAAACUCUUACAAAACAAUUACAUUAUGAUCAUCAAAUUUAUUUUCAGUUUUGUAGGAUCUUGGAUAGUGUUCUCUUUUUUUAACUUUGCCGAAAAGAGCGACAUAAGUUUAGACCAAAUAGGUAAAGAUUUUUUAAAUUCUGUACGAAAUACUCUAAUUAUUUCAUUAUUGAAUCCUCCUAAAAAGGGAUCCUUUAAAAUAUUUUUAGGUUUUAGCCUGUGGAGCUACUUUGUUUUAAAUUUCGCCUCUCAAGCAGCUAUUACUUCUUUUUUCACGGCAAUGAAAAAAGGAAAGGAAGUAGAAACUUUCGAAGAUGUGAUUGAAAGGGGUUAUAUUAUUGAAGGUAUGGCUUCACCAGAUGUAGUCCUUCCAGAUACCGAAGAAAAAUUCAGAAAAAUUAACUCCAAAUUAGUACCAAUUAACAAUUUAUUUACAUGUAUCGAAAGAAUGAAAAAUGAUACCAGAAGAUUUUGUCUUAUAGAUUGUGAAGUAGGACGAUAUUUGGAACAAAAUGAAUUAAAUUAUAAAGGCCAACAAUACUUACAUAUAAUAAAAGACAAAGUACAUAAUCACUAUUUAAAUAUGAUAUUUUCUAAACAUUCAGCCUUAACGGAGCAAUUUAACAAACACAUGAUGGCAAUAUUUGAAGGAGGCCUUGUUAGAAAAUGGGAACAAUAUCGUUUUAGUGAACUAAAACAAGAGAUUCCUGUAAAACCUUUAGGCAUGGAAGAACUUUCAAGUAUUUUUAAAUGCUAUUUUCUUUUUUUGGGUUUCACUUUUAUAUUGUUCAUUCUCGAAAUAACCUUAGGUAGUUUAAACAGAAUUGUAAAAAAUAAAAGUACAGGAAAUUGA